AUGACACAGUCAACACCCCGGGCCGGGGGUCCUUCGCGCCCUGCCGCGGAGGACGAAAAGAGCACACAUCCCGUACCGCCGCCCGCGACCGAGGAGAUGCUUGACGCCAACUCGGUCAUACACUACACGUAUCUGACCUUCCAGACGCCCCUGCCGACGGCCAACACGACGAUCCAAUCGCUGACCGCCUCGUCCAAUGAGCCGGCGCCGCAGCCGCCGAACCUGAAGCCCUUCACGAACCCGAUAGAGUGGCCGCUCACUCGCAAGUACGUCAUGCUGUUCCUCUCGUGCGUCGCCACCCUCCUCACGGCGUACGCGGCGGGGUGCUACUCGCCGCCCUCGUACAUCAUGGCCGAGGUGUUCGGCGUGUCCCAGACGGCCGUCCUCGUCGGCAUCACCACCUACUGCAUCGGCUUCGCCCUGACGCCCAUGGUCCUCGCGCCCUUCUCCGAGAUCAACGGCCGGUACCCGGUCUUUGUCGUGAGCGGCAUCAUCUUCGUCCUCUUCCAGGCCAUCAGCGGCCUCGUCAACAAUCUGGCCGGCAUGCUGGUCGCCCGGUUCAUCUGCGGCGGCGGAGGGUCCGUGUUCAGCACCAUGGUCGGCGGCGUCAUCGCCGACAUGUACCGCGCCGAGGACCGCAACACCCCCAUGGCCAUCUUCAGCGGCGCCGUCAUGGCGGGCACGGGUAUGGGUCCGCUCGUCGCGGCGGUCAUCACGGAGCGGUAUCCACUGGCUACGCAUGGGCAGGUGUGGAGGUGGGUGUUUUGGCACCAGGUCAUCCUGGGCGGCGUCCUCAUGGUCGCGCUCGUGCUGUUCUUCUACGAGAGCCGAGGAUCCGUGCUGCUUUCACGAAAGGCCAGCGCGGUCAACAAGUGGUACGAGAAGCUUGAGGACGCAGGCUACUACGGUGUGUGGAUCGACGGGGAGGAUGCCCUCCGCGUUGCUGGCGACGUGGAGUCCGACUCGGAAAGUACCCUCGCUGGUGUCGACGUCGAGGGCCGGUCGGUCUCGGACGAAGAAGAGAAGACCGACGAGAUCAACCGCGUAUCUGACAGCCGACGACCCUCCGCCUCCGAUGCCCAAACGCGCCGGCCCCUGCGCCGCGUGCGCUGGCUCGUCAAGGAAGACGAGGAGCGCUCCUCCCUCGCGACCAUGAUCUCCAUCUCCGUCGUACGACCCUUCCACCUGCUCUUCACCGAGCCCGUCAUCUUCUUCUUCUCCCUCUGGGUCGCUUUCGCCUGGGCCGCCCUCUACCUGACCUUCUCCUCAACCUUCCUCAUCUUCCAAGAGGUCUACGGCUGGGAUAUCGAGCGCUCGGGCUACGCCUUCUUCGCCAUGAUCAUCGCCGCGCCCCUGGCGACGCUCAUGGGCCUCGGCCAGGAGGCCCUGCUGCGCCUGCCCGACUGGCAGGACCGCCCGGGUAGCUCGCGGCACCCCUUCUGGGUCGCCCUCCGCCGCCGGUUCCCCGUCGCCUCGCCCGAGUCCCGCCUCUACUUCACCUGCUUCACGGCCGCCUUCCUGCCGGCGGGCCUGCUGCUCUUCGGCCUCUCGGCCCGCCCGGACGUCUCGCCCGCCGCGCCGGCGGCCGGCAUCGGCGUCGCCACGCUGGGCAUCUACUCGGUCUACCUCGCCACCUUCAACUACUUUGCCGACGUGUACCACCGGUACGCGAGCUCGGCGCUCGCGGCGCAGAGCUGCUGCCGCAACCUGCUGGGCGGGUGCUUCCCCGUCGUCACGGGCGCCAUGUUCCACGGACUCGGGCCCGCGCGGGCGGGCGCCGUGCUGGGCGGGGCCGGCGCCGCGCUGACGCUCGUGCCGUGGGUGCUCGUCUUCUUUGGGGAGAGGAUCCGGAGGCGGAGCAAGUUUGCCGUGGCUUUGGAGAAACAGAUCUGA